CAAAUUAUAAAAUUUCAGGCCUAGAUGUAGUUUGCAGUCUGCAGUCUGAACCAGCUGGUGUUCGAGUGUUCAUAUCGUCUCUACCUUUAAUACGGACACCUCCAUAAUGCUACACUUGGUUCUGUUUCCAUCAGUGUCCGUAUUUUAAAAAUCUCACCACCCCACCAGUUGGUGCGUCAUCCCUCAGUUUUGCACGUAUUGCGGGCGUAUAUUUGUCGCACGUCUAGUACAGCCCUUUAUCCCCCGCCCCUGGUCUAGUAUUUAUAAAGGUCGCAAACAUUUUAUCCAAAAGUAUUUGAAAUUGCCCCUAAGUACAGGUUAUUAGGGGUCCAAGAGAUGAUUUUGCUUAAGUCUCAAUGGUAGACACUUGAAGGGUUCUUACAUGACAUAAUUUCUUCUACUCGGGGAACACCGCUAAUUUGAGCUAUCGAUGCAUCUGACCCCUCGAAUCUACUGUGAAAGACUGUUGCAGCUGAGAAAAAAAUUCGCUGUUGUGGGUAGUAUAAUAUUUUACUUCCUUUCCCGUGUUAAAGCUUUGACGGCUUCACAAUAUACAGCAAGUCUUAUUGGAUUGACCAAAUUAACUUCAGACUUUAAUCAAGAAUUGUUUUUUACCGUGCCACGUGACCAAAACACCGUAACUUCCUUUCUUGGAAUUGGAGAACGCUUUGUGAUUUGUGGAAAUGCUUCGCCGAACACCUUGGUUGUAGAUUCAGCAGUAGAUAGUGUAAUGACAAUUUAAAGGAGAGUAAUGUGGUCCGACGACGACGACUAUUUUUCAUACUCGCCGUAUUACUUCGGCUCGAACGAUGACAUGGACGAUGACAGUGACGAUCAUUACCUCGAAGAUGCGUAUGAUGAUUACUACUAUAGCAGCGGCGAGGAUUGUUCCGGCCUCGUUCUCGCUCGUAAUCGUCAUCGAGCAAUAAGCAACGAAAGCGAACCGUUUUCAGAGACAGAUUCUCUGCCAAUUUACGAAGUGUCUUCUCUUCAAGACUUGUGCUGUCGCUUCAUUGCAAGAAGAUUUCCGUUCGCUUUUGUGGAGCACCGCUCGCCUCCCAUUCCAGACGAACUCCAGCUUAAAAUCAUUCAGUUUUCAUUUCCUGAAGAUGAGAAGAUGAUUCAAAAGUAUGCCGAGUUUAGUCGAAGCAAUGUCGAUUACUGCGCUGCGAAGAGGAUGUUUGACAAUGGCAAUGUGAAGGACAUGAAUCAGAUUGGCUUUCGUCUGAGUGCCUCUGUAGAUGACAGGAGAAGCAGCAUCCGAAGCUCUGACAAUGGAAAGUAUUACGUGACUGUCCAUUUUGACCGAGGGAAGAUCACAUCUGCACACUGUUCUUGUGAAUUGUCAACAAACUGGUGUUCACAUGUCGUUGCAACAUGUUUGGCUCGAAUAAAGAACAAAAAUGCUGUGACAAUUCAUAUGCCAGUCUCAGAUUCAUUGAAUUCACUGAACAGAGAGCAGCUGUUGAAAUUUGCACAGUACCUUCUGUGUGAACACCAGAAUGAACGUAUUGUAGAAACCGCACAGCAGUUGCUUGGAAAGUUGUUAUCAAGACAACAGAGAGACCAACAAGAGGACAUCAAUAUGAUUGCUGGUGCACCUGAUCCAACUGCUGGCCCUGGUUUGGAUGAAGAAGCUCACUGGUUUGUGUCUAAGACUGGAUUCAAGUCUCGAUGUGAAAGCCUGAUGUAUGAGUCCCAAACGGAUCUGGGUUUUGUGAUGUACAAUGACAAGGACAAUGAGAGAGGAAGCUCCGUAGCUGAACUGUGGGAUAGGAACUGCCUUCAACGAGCACUUGUUAGAGAUGAAAUGGACCUACAGCUUGACAACGAGUAUUGCAGCUAUUCUUCAUCCCGACGCCACAGUGUUCUUCAAGUCCUGGAAACCAUAGCUGAUCUUCUUCAGGAUGAUUUUAUGAGUGCAGUGUCAGCUUUGACGAUGUGCACAGAGCAGCUUAUUGAAAAACUGACCAAGAUCUGCCGUGUGGACUCUCCUUAUGACAGAUACAGAACAGUUCAUAGGAGAAAACAAGAACAAAAAGAAGCCAUUACAUUGUGUGGAUCUCUAGCUGGAGGCUUUACUCCAAGAGUUUCAGGUUGUAGGACAUUAAGUGAUGAACUUUCCAGACUUUGGCGACUGGCUGUCCUCAGUCCUGGCAUUCCCACCAAACAGCGCCAAGGGAUGAUUGAUCAGCUGAGAACGUUGAAUCAAACAGUUUCUGUACCUUUUGUAACUGGCACGUUACGUCCCUGGCAAGGCCUAGAGGUUGCUAUUCGAUUAUCCUCCAUCAACUGGCAUGCCACUGAAUUCCAGAAGGUGCUCAAAGGAGAAUGGGUGUGGCUUCCUGUUGUAAGCAGCUGUAUGGCAAUCCAGCUAACCUGUCAAUCAAAGAAUCAGCAUGUGUCAGAAUGGAUGGCAAUGGAGGAAGGCAAAAGAAAUGAGAAUGCUGCUCAAAGUGGUUCAACCAUGUCAGUAGCAUUUCACAAUCCUCACUGCAUUUCAUUUGGUGCACAUUUUCACACUGACAUACAUUCAGUUUCCUCCAUGAUCGAAACUUUGAAUACAACCGGUUAUGAAGUGGGAGCUAUGCGCCUGACAGUAGCACUAUCCGCUGCCCUUGUGGCAUUCUACAGGAGUGUUUUCUUUGGAAUUUGCGAUGUCAACGCAUUGCCCAUCUCUGCAAGAUGCUUCCUGGGAACGGUGCACAAGAUUGGAAUGAAGCCUGAGGAAAAAGGAGAAUCACCUAUGGAAUUUGAGACGUCUCAUGGGAAGGCAAACAAUGGGCUUGCCUGGCCAGAGGAUACCAUUUUGUCGAUAACAACAUUUGCAUUUCUGUAUCAGCUGCUUUCACAGAAGGCUGACCUAGCUGAAUCAUGUCUGGUAGAAAUUAGGUCAAAGCUGGGGUCUGCAGAAACUGUCCCUGAUCAUUUAAAGAGUGUUCAGUCUCUCAAGUUUCAUGUAGGAGUUCUUGGUCUGUUUUUACAGAGAUUGCCAGCACCAUCCCUCCAUCAUGAGGUAGAGCAGUACAACUAUGAGUCCUGGCUGACUUACCAGCUGAUCUGCAGUUCUCCAGCCGACUCUGAAUUAUCCUUCCUCACACAUCUUGGACAACAAGUCCAAAGUACGACCACACCCAGGGUCACCCCACCCUCGUCUCUAUGCCGUGUAAUAUUCCACCACCUCUUCAAGGGGGCCCCUGCUGCACUCAGUAAGUGUCUGACAGAACGGCAAAGCCAGGGGCUCGGAGCAGCGUUUCAUGUCCUCGGACAUGUUAACAAGUACACUGUUGAGCAGUGCUCUUCGUCUUGGAUGCUGUUUCAGUAUGCGAACUGCAGACUUUGGGCCAAACUGGCCGAAGUUGUUCUGCGCUCGCUUUCUGACUCGCAAGAGCUGUUGGAGAAAGCCAUGGGUUACAUUCAUCAACCAAAUGGAAUGCUCGGUGCACAGUCCUUGCAGGACUUGCUAAUUGAAUCGACGCCUGUGAACGUGCUGUCGCGCUUGCGUGACGUGGAGUUUGUUGGAGCCAAAUGUCGUGUUGCUUAUUGCCUAGCCAAGUCACUCAGCGAGAAGCAGGGGAACUCCAUAAAGAUGAUACAGUACAAAACGGAAACUGGUGAUCGAGGACCGCGAAGCGAGAGCUUUGAGAUGGGAAUGCCGAGGAAGAUCAUGAAGUCGGGCGUUGAGAACGCACUUAAGUUGUGUGCCGUCCAGAUUGCUGCUCACAGUUUGUGGUUGCAGAAGCUGUCUGACAGAAGCCGUAUUCACAGCGAUAUCGUCAGGUGGUUGACAGACUUUGUGGUCAGUUCUGGAAUGGAGACCGUGAGGUGUCUUGUAAAGUGCAAAGAUAACGUCACUUCCUUUCUCGCGCAGAGCGAGCUUCUGGAUCUCUGCGAGAAAGUCCUAAGGAAAGAGAAUCAUGUAGUCACAAGUCACGGCCAGGACAUCGUCCAAGGCAUUCUUCUGUCCUUGUUGCAAAAGGCCAGUCAAUCACAAGCUUCAGAAGACUUAAAGAGAAUUGUUUCAUUUUGCAGAGAGAAGCGAUGUGCAACUAAAGUGGAUUUACUGCCUUGGAUCUGCAAAGGACUGCAAUCUUUAGCAUAUAACAAUGGGUUUUUACCAUUUGAAGUACUUAUGGACGCAAGUCACGGCAUGCUUGAACAUUACAAAGGGAAGCUUGCAACAACGGAGAACCUUAACAGGGUGCUGUGGAGUCAGAAAGGAGCGCUACAUCUGGAUAGGCUAUUUAACGAAGGUGUGCACGUCGAAGACGACUCAGACAAUGAAGAUGGUGAAAGUACGUUUGUCAACAGGAACCCGUACAGAACUCCCGAGCCCCAUCCUUUCCUUCAAACCGCCUUCGAUCUGGGCAUGAUGGGAUUAGAGAAACUCAAAGAGAAACCUGAUUUGUUAGAUGGAGGGUAUCGUCACUAUCGGCGCUGUCCAGUCAAGGAACACUUGAGUGAAUUUUGCAGACUUGUGUGCUAUAUGGUCAACAAGAAAUGGCUGGCAGAUGCACCAGGAAGUCCCACGCAGAUCAAAAAAUCAACAAAGAAAGCAGACGAAACACCUCCGUCUGUCAGUGCUAAACCAGGCUGUAGCCAUUGGAUUGAUGCCAAAUCUCAGCCUGACUCAAGGACGUCUGUUGACAGUUGCUAUCUUCACAAGUUCGUUUGUUCUUUGAUCAGUGGCGUUAGUAAUCCCUUGUGGCUUUUCGAGGUGCUUCAAGAGCUUGGCGAUCACUUGUGUACGGAAGUCCUACGUAGCAGUCCAACAUCAAGGCAAGAAAGACAGAACCUUCAGAUCAAAGAGGCUUGUCAAGGUUAUCCCUCGGUGAAACUUCUACUACAGAGGCAAAAGGNUACCUUGAUCAUCUCUUGCUUUUUUACCACACUUCGGUUUAUGUUUUGGGGUGAGUGGGGGGCAACCUCUUCUGUGGAUUGUGACGGAGUAUGUUUUCGACUUUACAGACUUGUGUGCUAUAUGGUCAACAAGAAAUGGCUGGCAGAUGCACCAGGAAGUCCCACGCAGAUCAAAAAAUCACCAAAGAAAGCAGACGAAACACCUCCGUCUGUCAGUGCUAAACCAGGCUGCAGCCAUUGGAUUGAUGCCAAAUCUCAGCCUGACUCAAGGACGUCUGUUGACAGUUGCUAUCUUCACAAGUUCGUUUGUUCUUUGAUCAGUGGCGUUAGUAAUCCCUUGUGGCUUUUCGAGGUGCUUCAAGAGCUUGGCGAUCACUUGUGUACGGAAGUCCUACGUAGCAGUCCAACAUCAAGGCAAGAAAGACAGAACCUUCAGAUCAAAGAGGCUUGUCAAGGUUAUCCCUCGGUGAAACUUCUACUACAGAGGAACUUGGAUGAAUUUUCCAAACUUCUUCUGGGCCCUGAAAUGUCAACCUCGAUCGAUGAAGUUGUUCGUCGUCGCGAUCGACGCCGACUUGAGCAGUCAGAAUUCAUUUACGAGCUGAGUCACUGUCAGCUAAUGAACACAAGACUCAAGGAAGUGUUAAAGACCGCCAAGAGAGCCUUCAGUAUCUCCGACUCCAGCGGAUCCUUGUUCAAAAACCUCACUGACGAAAUAACUUCUCAGCACUCUAUUCUUCAACCUCUGGUCGAUCGCGUUUUAAAAGACAAGGAGCUUUGUUCUUCUGACGAGCGCGAAAUGGCCAUGUUUCCCCAUGCUAGUAUUCUACCCGCUUUGUUUGCCCAAGGCUUGUUUCCGGGCCUGUUCGAGAGAAGUCCCAUAGAAGAGUACUUUUACCCAUCAGUGGAAGUCAUGAUUAUUUUAAUUAUCCUUACAACCUGCUUCAUUUUAAUUGUAGCCAAAUCUCAGCCUGACUCAAGGACGUCUGUUGACAGUUGCUAUCUUCACAAGUUCGUUUGUUCUUUGAUCAGUGGCGUUAGUAAUCCCUUGUGGCUUUUCGAGGUGCUUCAAGAGCUUGGCGAUCACUUGUGUACGGAAGUCCUACGUAGCAGUCCAACAUCAAGGCAAGAAAGACAGAACCUUCAGAUCAAAGAGGCUUGUCAAGGUUAUCCCUCGGUGAAACUUCUACUACAGAGGAACUUGGAUGAAUUUUCCAAACUUCUUCUGGGCCCUGAAAUGUCAACCUCGAUCGAUGAAGUUGUUCGUCGUCGCGAUCGACGCCGACUUGAGCAGUCAGAAUUCAUUUACGAGCUGAGUCACUGUCAGCUAAUGAACACAAGACUCAAGGAAGUGUUAAAGACCGCCAAGAGAGCCUUCAGUAUCUCCGACUCCAGCGGAUCCUUGUUCAAAAACCUCACUGACGAAAUAACUUCUCAGCACUCUAUUCUUCAACCUCUGGUCGAUCGCGUUUUAAAAGACAAGGAGCUUUGUUCUUCUGACGAGCGCGAAAUGGCCAUGUUUCCCCAUGCUAGUAUUCUACCCGCUUUGUUUGCCCAAGGCUUGUUUCCGGGCCUGUUCGAGAGAAGUCCCAUAGAAGAGUACUUUUAA